AUAAAAUUUUAGAAUGGUGUGAAAAAAAUUUUACAAAAUUAGAAAGUUUUAAAUUUUACCGACUAUCAAAUUAGCUACUUGAUGACGUAAUUACUCUUGGACAACAAGAACACACGACGUACGACACUGGACUCGACCAGCUAUCACCGGAGCUGCCUAGUGAUAGAGGGCGAGAAGUGGUCUACAACAAAAUGGGUUCACAUGCUUAGUUCUUCUUUCCAACUGAUGUGGUAUCUCACAAAAAUGCACACCAGUGAUCGAGCAGUUCAAUAGACAGCGUCUUGACCAUAUAUUGGCUUGGCCAACUCCAACAUCUCGUUUUUGCUCGAUUUUCUUUGUUUCUCUUUAAUUCUUAUAACUCUUUUCACCUCGACUAGAUUAGCUUGGCCUAAAGCCUCAUUACCAUUUCAUUCCUAGUCUAAUGUCUAUGACAAUUCCAUUCUAUCUUGGUUCUCAGCAGCUAUGUUUACCCUGGCUGGUGUUAAAGCUCCUCUUCGCAUGAAGUUCUUGAGUUCCUCAGCCAAUACUGAGGUCGAUGUCUUCUAGUAAGGCUAAUAGUCUCUAGACCGUCGUAUCGAUUGGCCGAAAGGACUUAUACGCCAUAGUCUUUCUUUUCCUCCCAACCCACGAGCUAGAAAUGGCAUUAACCAAAAUUUAGAAUAGGAAUUAACUCCAUAAAUGAAAGAAUCACUCACUUUGAGCCUUGAAUAGAAUGCACUUGGGGCCAACCUCAUGAGAGAGAGAGAGGAAAAGAAUCAUGCAGUAAUGGUUCAUUGGGAGCUCUGUUUCCAUGCAUUUCAUGCCUUAAAAGAUCACUUCUUAAACAUCCACUUUUCCCCUCUUAAAAAAUGACUAAAACUAUAGCUUCCAAUUGCAUCACCAUUACAUAGUAAAGCUUUUACCCUCAAAUCUCCCUCUCAUCACCAUUGUUGCAGGAUGGGGAAGCCUCCUUGCUGUGAUAAGUCCAAUGUUAAAAGAGGGCUUUGGACUGCAGAGGAAGAUGCCAAAAUCCUUGCUUAUGUUUCCAACCAUGGAGUUGGGAAUUGGACUCUGGUUCCCAAGAAAGCAGGGCUGAAUCGAUGUGGGAAGAGUUGUAGACUGAGAUGGACUAAUUACCUUAGGCCUGAUCUCAGGCACGACAGCUUCACUCCUCAAGAAGAAGACCUCAUUAUCAAACUCCAUCAAGCCAUUGGAAGCAGGUGGUCUGUAAUAGCAAAGCAGCUGCCAGGAAGAACAGACAACGAUGUGAAGAAUUACUGGAACACAAAGCUGAGAAAAAAGCUUUCAAAAAUGGGAAUAGAUCCAAUAACUCACAAGCCCUUUUCUCAGAUCCUGUUUGACUAUGGAUCCAUAAGCAGCCUCCCAGCCACGCCCAAACCCCCCUUGAUAGGCCCCUUCAACAAAACAUUGAUCCCAACAACAACAACAAUGGCCAAAACCCAGCAACCAUUUUCUUCAGGGGCCUAUUUGGGACAGCAAUUUCAGUUUCAGACCCCAAAGAAACCACAGUUUUUCAAUGAACAACCGACAACCUCGUCUUGUUCAUCGUCCUCCAUCAAUGGCGGUGAAGGCUUGUUCCAUUUUGCUGCUUCUUCGUCGUGUUGUUCGGAGCAGCGUAAUGGGAUUGAGCCCUUUUCGCAGCAAUGUGAAGGGUCUUCUUCCGAUUCGUCUUUCGAUUCGUUUGUGGAUGCCUUGUUGGUGCAGGAUUGUGAGAUUAAGGGCUCGUUUCCGGAGAUUUUGGAUGGGUGUUUUGAUUAUUGAGGAAUUUGGUUUUUUUUUUUUUUUGUUUCUUUUUCAGUACUAUGAAUGUCGGGGCGGAUAAAAAUAAAUGUAGUUCGCUGAAUAAAUUUGCUGCCACAUUAUCUUAAAAAAUAAU